AUGCAUACGUUCUGCAUACAAAAAUAUCUCAUUUUAUAUAACGCAUUGGCAACACUGUCACCGCACUUGCUACAACACCAGGACCAACAGGACCAGCCAACUGCGACAAUUAUUGUGUCAGCAACAAUAAUGAAAACAACUGCAAACACAACGCAUGCAACAACUACAGUUACUACAAGAGAAUUUGCUAGAGCAACUGCAGCACCAGCAGCGACAAGGACAGCAUCCGCAUCCACUUUUGUUGAUGAAGUGUUGCCGCAUAAUGACAGUGUUGCCACUACAAAGUUGCAUGCAAAAGCCAUUGACAGCAGCAGUAUGAUGAACAAUAAAAAUAACAACACUCCCAAUGACUUUCAGCAGCUGUUGGAGCGCAAAUUGCAGGAAGAGGCGAAGAAGGAUGGUAUUGCCGCGCCACCGGACCGUUUACUCUCUCGCAAACGUCGUUAUUUGAUCUUUCCGGAGGGCAGCUCUUUUCAAGUGGUAUACGACGGCAUCUAUGGCAUACCAGAUUUUACCAACUAUCUGAUUCUCGGCGUUACCGUCGCCUUAGCCUGGGAAUUACCAAGUAAACCACAAGGUGAAGUCAUCGAAGAAGUCUCCAAGCGACUGAGAGAUGGUAGAGUUGAAGUGAGGCGUAACGACACAACGGCAGACAUCAUUUAUGUGGACACGAAAAAAAAUCAGCCACUCGCAACGAAACAGUAUGCAUUGCAAGCUGUAAAGAGCCUCCAGCCCAAUUACAUCGACGUAAUGACGGGCACAAGCCCUGCUGCAAAGAAGAGUGACUAUAAAAACUAUUACACGGAUGCAGGCCGGCUGCCCGCUGCUUUCCAUGCACCAAUGCAUCAGAAAUAUUAUUAUUACAAGGGAAGUAAUAAAUAUGAUAGCAACAACUACGGCAAGUAUUCUCUGGUGCAGCGGCCUGCAGACAGUUACUACCGGCAACAAAUGGCGUCGCCAAUUGGUGGAUACUACAAGGAAAGACCGAAUGAUUGGCGACGUAAAGACAAUCACUACUAUAGAGGCAGCAAUAAAAGCAAUAAAGGGAAUAAAAACAAAAACAUCAACAAGAGUUACAAGUUGAGCUCACUGAAAGUGAAUCCUUUCAGCAAGUGGGCACCAAAGCCACGGCGUCCAUCCGCAGUGUACGGUUACAAAACACCUCAAGCGAUGCAAGGCGGCUACGGCCAGUACCCUUGGUGGAAUUUGCCGGCGAGACUAUCGAAUUCAUUGCGUAGAAAACCAAUUCCCUCAAGACGUAUUGACAGUAGCAGCACUAGCCAGCCAGUGCAACGGCAACGCCUAGAACAACAACAACAACCAGCUAGACAACAGCAAAAAGGAUCCGCAUCCGGAUUUUAUCGACAGCCACCUGCCACAGCACGGACACAUCGAAUUUAUCCGGUUUUCGGUAAGCGCAGCAUAGCAUAUGAGCCUCCAACUGCAAUGUCAGCAGCAACACAUAACAACAGCAAGAACAGCUCAAGCAGCACCAACCAUGCACAGCAACAGUCAACGCCGCAUCAUCGCCAUCGUCGCAGCGGCAUCGUCGGUCCGGAUUUGAGUCGCAUGGAACGCAUUCAUAUACGACAUCAUCGCAGCACGAGGCAAGCGCUCUACGAGAAGAUUGAAAAGUAUCUGGACAAACUUGAAAUUAAAAACAGUCACCAAUGCAUUUUGCGGGCCCUUUGUGAGACCGGACAAAAAUCCAAAGAACGUGAACCAGGCACUUUUGUAGGUGAAAUAAUGCGAGCUGUUUUUACAAUACCAGAAGCAUUGGAUCAGGACCUGCUUUAUAAUCGCAUACAUUACAAGGACCAACGCUACGAUCGGGCAAAUGCUUUUGAAGGUAGCUGCGACAAAGAGUACGCGUUAUGUCGGCAAUCGCUUUGGGAAACGCAGUUUGUCAAAUAAGAAUAACUACACGGAUGCAGAGAUAUG